CCCCUGGAGCCGCGCGGCUGCCGAGAGGCCUCGGUUCCUCUCUCCGUGUCUGGUGGUCGGGGAAAGAGGACGGCGCAGCUCCCCUCUCCCUCGUGUCUAACCACCCCCCUCCCCCGUCUCUGGACACCAGCCCACUGGGGUUAGUUGGCCACCACCAGGCCAGGCUGCGCCUUCCUUCCUUGCACGCCUCUGCGUCCAGCCCCGUGUGUCUGAGCCUUUGAAACAAGUUGCUGAUGUCCAGUUACACCGAAAGUGUGCCAGGUUUGAGACUAAUGGUAACUGCUGACCAAGGCCCUGGUCCUCAGAACACUUGAAAUAGUAUGUGUGCCUACUCAUAUGACUAAAGUCAGACUUCAGUGCAACUAAAUAUAUGAGCAAUAUUGCAGCUAGCCCGAUGUCAAAUGUUGCCUCUUCAAGCAGUGGAAGAGGGACAGGGAAAUCAACAAGCUUUACUCCUGAACUGCAAAGUAUGAUCCCUGAUAAUUGAACACUGGAAAAGAAGUGUGUGUGUGUGCACACACACAUAUGUCUUCAUAGGAAAAUGAAGAGAAAGCAGCCACUAACAUUUGCAACUGAGGUUUUGAGGUUUUCCUUAGGGGAUGUCCGGAGGCCCCUUCAUGAAACAGCAGUAUUAGUGGAAGAUAUCAUUCAUACGCAGCUGAUUAAUUUGUUGCAGCAAGCAGCUGAAGUUUCUCAGAUGAGAGGAGCUCGAGUCAUCUCUGCUGAAGAUCUUCUGUUUUUGAUGCGCAAAGAUAAGAAAAAGCUUAGAAGGCUGCUCAAAUAUAUGUUCUUCCGAGACUACAAAUCUAAAAUUGUCAAAGGCAUUGAAGAAGAUGAUCUCCUUGAAGACAAAUUCAACAGUAGCAGUGUCAACAAACGUCAGAAGCUGGCUCAAGACUUUCUCAACUCUAUUGAUCAGACUGGAGAGCUCUUGGCUAUGUUUGAAGAUGAUGAGAUUGAUGAUGUUAAACAAGAGCGGAUGGAGAGAGCAGAAAGACAAACACGAAUGAUGGACUCAGCCCAGUAUGCAGAAUUUUGUGAAAGUCGUCAGUUAAGUUUUUCCAAGAAAGCUUCCAAGUUUCGUGAUUGGCUGGACUGCAGCAGUAUGGAAAUAAAACCAAAUGCAGUUGCCAUGGAGAUUUUGGCAUAUUUAGCAUAUGAGACUGUGGCACAGUUGGUGGACUUGGCUCUUUUGGUCAAACAGGAUAUGGCUCCCAAAGCAGGUGAUCCAUUCAGUCAUGCAAUAUCUGCUACUUUUAUACAGUAUCACAAUUCUGCUGAGCCACAUCUCUUAGGCCAGACCACAAAUAUGAAGAGCAGUCUUGACUCCCCGGAAAACACACCACCUCCUACGCCCACUCCCCCAGCAGCAGCAGGACCACAACACCUUGGGAAAACACUGUCUGGAGGCCUGGGGAAUGGAGGCAUUGGACAAGACUCCACCAAAGUCAAACAAAGAAAAAGAAAAAAGAGCACUGCAGCUUGUGGUAUAGAGGCUCAAAGUGAUGCCAUCCAGCCCUGCCACAUCAGAGAGGCCAUUCGGCGCUACGGCCACAAGAUUGGCCCCCUUUCCCCAUUCACACAUCUGGCACCAGCUACUAUCGGAAGACGGGAUGCUGGACUAGAUGGAUCAUUGGCCUGACACAAGUGCCUACUGCAGAAAUGGGAUGACUUUUCUAGCCUGCUAAUAUGGAUGUGGCUGCAGUGACAGGAAAGACAGUGUUAUAUUAAGGUGAUUUUCUUUUCCCCUCCAUGGAAGAAAAAAAAUACAAGCUCUAAUGUGUCUGUGUACCAGUGAGUGGGCUGGUUUGUUGUGACUAUCUACUGGCUGACUCCGUCUCUUUUUCCAGCCCCCUCAAUCGUUAUUCUUGUUUACUAGCUGGAAUGUUAAGCUAAUUAAUGGCAGGAUGUUUGGGAUACUGUGUAGGUGGACAAGAAUGCAGAUCACACAAUUUUGAAAUUUGCAAUGGGCUUACUGCUGUCAGCCCCCAUAUCUAAAGUGCAGUGUCAUUUUUUAUUUUUGUCUGUAUGUUUUAAUAGAUGUGUUGUUUUGUAAAGCAGGUUUGAGGCAAAAAGAGGCCAAGGAUUUGGAUGAUUAUUUAUGCUUUCCUUGUUUUUUCAAAAGUAAAACUGCAUUGUUUUGCAUUUAAUUCCUCUCAAAUCAAUUUCUUAAAAAAUGCUAAAAGAAUAAUACCCUGUCUAGCCAAACAAGGGAUUUUUCAGUGAGGAUGAUGCAUAGGAGGGGAGAUGAGCUAUGUUCAGAUAAGAAGGCUUUUCAGAUAGGAAAACUUCAGGUAAAUGACUUCAGGUCUUCUUGUUUCAGUUAAAUAUUAAUAUUUUUAGAGUCCCAAGAAGCAUCUAUACUGAAAUCUGUAAAUUCUUAAUAUUGAAAUCUUUUUUCUUAUCCUCUUCUCUCCCCUGAAGUCAGUGGGAGUCUUUCUAUUGACUUUAUUUGAUCAUUGGAUCUGGCCUUUUGGCCCCAGUUCACAAGGUACUUAAAUGUGUGUAACUUCAAGCAUAUUGUUCUGUUGACUUCAAUGGGACUACUCAAGUACUUAAAGGUACAGCCCUGCUUAAGUGCUCUGCUGUGUGGACCUGAUCCUGUUGAUGUUAAUGGGAGAAAAUCCAGGCCCUUAUUUAUUUUUAAUUUCUGUUGCUCCGCUUUGUUUUUUUCUUUUUGUUUGUUUUGGGGUUUUGUUUUGUUUCUUCAAACUCUGGCUCUCCCUUUACCCCUUUUCCCUUCUCUGUGCUUCCAGUCUUUGAUAUCCUCACAAGCCCAUUCAUUUCUUCCCAUGGAAAGUAUACACAUCUAGAAGUAACCAAGGUCAUGCUUGAGGAGACCAAAAGGCUUAGGCCGAGAUUCUGCGUCAGAAUCUGCAGCUGUGCCCCUAUGGCAUCCCAUUGGGACAGAAGUCAGUGCUAGUGUAUCCCAAAGCAGAGUCAGGGCCUUAAAGACUAAAGUAAACCUUUAAGAAAGACAGAACGCUCAGGAGACCUAGGAGAUCAACUGUCUGCAUUACUUCUAUAUAGUGUAAUCAGUCUCCUCCUUUGUGCUUAGUAUGUGAGGUUUCAGCUCCUGCCACUCUUCUGAUACAGUCUUAUACUUUAUAAAUGGUUUCAUUGGGCAGAACCUGGACCCACUCGUGAAAAAAAAUUAAACUAAAAACACGUGUCUCUUCCUUGUGAUCAAAAAAUUGUGAAGCAUUGUAAAUGUAAUCACAGUGCAUCCAAUAUUCCUGCUAUCCAUAAACUGCCUCCUUUUUUACCUGCUGCAUGCCAGUCCUUCUGGAAUUAAUCUGUAUGUAAAGGACUAAAAAUAAUGUGUACAAUACAGUAUAUUAAAAAAGAAAAAAGUUUUCUGAUGUUCCAUCUGUGCUUGUUGAAAUGUAUGAUUAAACUUUUCUUUUUAUCAUC